AUGGUCUGGUCCGUUAAAUAUGUGUUUUUUGUAUCAGGGUUCAACGUGGAAACUGUGGAGUACAAGAACAUCAGCUUCACCGUGUGGGAUGUCGGAGGUCAGGACAAGAUUCGCCCUCUCUGGAGGCACUAUUUCCAAAACACGCAGGGUCUUAUCUUCGUUGUUGACAGCAACGACAGGGAUCGUGUGAUGGAAGCUCGCGACGAGCUGCAUAGAAUGCUUAACGAGGACGAAUUGAGGGACGCGGUGUUGCUGGUCUUCGCGAACAAACAGGACCUUCCCAACGCCAUGAAUGCUGCGGAAAUCACUGAUAAGCUAGGCCUACACUCGUUGCGCCAGCGGCAGUGGUACAUUCAGAGCACUUGCGCUACAUCUGGUGAAGGUCUAUACGAAGGACUGGACUGGCUCUCUAACAACAUCUCGUCCAAGGACUGA